GUUGCGUCAAAAACUUGUUUUUCUGAUUUCACUUCAGCUUCGGUCAUUUUACAAGGCGUGCUGUUGUUCAAAGUUAUUUUUUUUUUAAAUAUAACUUUACUUUAAUCCGUAAAUUCGAGGACGGUGGACAAAUAACAGGAUGAGUUCUGGAAACUGGAAAAAUGGGAUCGGGUACUUGGAAGAUUAUAAGGCCAACCUGGAACGACGACUUCAACAAGGCGACUGGGAUCUGGUGUGUAAAGAUGAAGAGUUGUGUAAGGAAGUUGAGACAAGUUUGUCUGAAUGCAGUAGCCAAGACAUCCACCCUCAGCUUGGGUUAGACACUCUGGCGGUGAUAGAAACCUCACUCCGAGCAUCACAUCACACAGUGAGCCAAAAUAGGCUGAAAAGUCUGGUUAAGGCGUUUGAAGUGCUAGAACUUGCAGCACUAAAUCUUUAUUUGUGCCCAUGGCGGAAGGAGUACAAGGUGGUGAAGAUGUUCUCAGGUAUGUUCACUCACUGCGUCAAACCUGCUCUGACAGCACAGCAAGCUAAAGAGCUGUUUGCAUUGCUCGGAUACCACCCGGGAGGCAGCAACGUAGAGGAGCUGAGAUUAACUGCAAAACCAGUUCAUUCACACACCCUUCUCCAGCUAGCAUGGGCUUUCUUCACAGCGCGUAUAGAGUGCCAGCUGCUGCUUACUGCUGUGCACACCUUGGGUGACCGCAUGGAAUGUGUGCUCCAACUCAUUCACGAAAGAAAGCUUGGCUGCACUUUUCAAGUAGCGCUUGACAGUGCAAAGAGAAAGCUGGAGCCUGAUCCAGCCCUAGAUGCAGCUCUAGAUCUGUACACAGACAACAACCCGGCAGAGCAUGGUCACAUGGCUUCACCACCCAGUCUUCCUUAUAUUCCACCCAGUGAAGAUUUUUUAACAAAUAAGAUGUUUCACAGUAGCAUUUCUCAGUCAAACCUUAUUCAGAGGAAUGAAAAGAAGGCACAGAAUGUCUCCAUUUCAUCCCUGACCCAUCAUAUCAAUGCAACACAACAGAAGACUGGCUUGAAUCUAAAUUUGUGUGAAAAUGAAAAACAAUUUAUGCCAACGCAUUAUGCCCAGCUAAGUGCAUCAAAGGAAGGACAAAUAGUGUGUAACUGUUUAACUUCAUGUGACUUGCAUCAUAAUCAGUGCCUCGAGUGCAGAGAAAUUCAUAGUAUGGAUUGUCCUUGUUUAAGGAGCUGCUUAGAGAAAGGCCAUAAGGUCAUUUUUGCACAGGAGCACAUGAUGAAUGUACUACCCCUGACUGAAAGGGGAAAAAUUCAAAUCUGGGAAAAACCACCAAAAGACAAUCUGAAGCAACACAGCUGUACAAACAAAACUAGCAAUGAUAUCUACUUUGUGUGCCAUGAUUGUCAUUAUAUUCAUGAUGAAAAUUGCGAGGACCUUCAAAGGUGUUUCCAAAUAACCCAUAAUGUGCAAAGUACAGGAAGGUUACAGCCAGCUCAAGUAGAAAGAGAGGUGAUUCCACAUACAUGUUUGAAGGUAGAAGGUACAAGCUAUGUAUUGUGCCACACAUGCAACAAAUCCCACGAUUACUUUUGUGAUGAAUUACAGAUCUGCAAGGUGUCUAGCCAUAAUGUGAGAUACUUGCUUGAAAAUAAUGAAAAACCAGCUCAGGCCAAGCCCAUGCCUUUACACAAUUGCUGUGCAUCCACACAGCCAGAGUUUGUUUGCCACACCUGCAGAGUUUUCCAUGAUGUUUCCUGUGAUUCUAAUCAGUGCCAAAGACACCAUAAUGUACAGAGUCUUAAACAUGUGUGCUGCACAUGCUCAGACACUAAACUUUUCAUUUUGUGCAGGUACUGCUGUGCCCAACACUGCAAAAAUUGUUGGUUUAAAAACCCGCUUGAAUGCAAAUGCGGCAAGCCUUUUGAGAUCUCUGCUGUAUAAAAGAAUAACAUAUUCAUCUAGCUGCUAAGGCACUUUACCAGAUUUACCAGGUUUUCACUUGUUACUUUAGCCAAAUUAUCGUACCUACAUUUACUAGAUGGACCUAAGGACUUGUAUGAAUUAUAAGAGGUAAUAAAACAAAAGCCUUAUGGGGAGAAUAACAGCAGCUUUGAUUUGUGUUAUGAACAUGUAUUAUGGAAAAGCAAUGGUAUUGUUAGACUACUGAUAUGGUUCCUAAAAACUCGGAAGCUUGAGUUUAAUGGCUUAAUCUCCUUUAAGUUUUGUUUUCUCCAGAACAAAUAGUUUUCAUUGCUUGGGCAGUGGUGGCUCAAGUGGUUAAGGCUCUGGAUUGUUGAUCGGGGAUCAAGCCCCAGCACUGCCAAACUGCCAGUUGGGCUUUUGAGCAAGGCCCUCAACCUUUACUGCUCCAGGGGUGCUGUGUCAUGGUUGACUCUGUGCUCUGACCCCAACUUCCAAAGUUGGGAUAUGCAAAGACAGAAUUUCACUGUGCUGUAUUGUAUAUGUAACAAAUAAAGGCUUCUAUUUUA